CACAUUUCCAUCCGUCGGUUCUCGUUUGUAGUAUAUUUCUUUCAUUCCACCUGCUCUUACUUGUGGCGUUCCGGGGCUUGCAUCUAAUUGCUCUCACUGUGGGCUUUUGCUGUGGAAUUCGGAGGCAUGCAAAGCUCCCAUAGAACUUGCCUUGUUACCCGGUAAUUCGUGGUGGUGAUCAUCACGCCCCAGACGCUGAGGCUGAUGCUUGAGCGAGCUUCGACAUGCCUCGAAACUGGUGGACGACAGCUCCUUCGACCCCCCAAACGAUGCGUACGCAGUCGUCGAAUGCUGCAUUCCUCCUUUUGGCAUCACGGUGCGAGCGAUUUAAGCCUCCCAAUAUGGUGGUCGUCUGAUUUGAUUUCGAAUCACCCGGAUUUUGACUCGGACGACAAGUCGAGGGGACAGAGAGGCCACAAUGGAUUGCUCCUAGAUUUUCUCUACCCAGAAAAGACUCUUGCUCUAAUUCGAAGAAUGUCAAUUUGCAAAUGGAAUGUCUUGCAAACCCAACGGAGACUUUGUCUUCAUGGAACUAGUGUGCGGCAGUUCUCCACACGCAGGGAUGGGCAGGAGCUGGACGAGGAGAUUUAUCUGGAAAAGCUGGCACUGCAAGAAGAGGUUGACCAGAGACUGGAGGGUUCCACUGCACGUGAUGCGCUUCGAGAUAUACUAGACACGAGCGAGCUUGGAAAGCAAGAGUUGGCAUGGCGCCUUUACUCUACAAUCCAGGAACGGAGUCGAACACCUGAUUUGCGUGCCGAUCUUCUCGAAUAUCUUGCUUGUCCCGUGGCCUCGUUCGACGCCAAUCGCAUGCUUCGAGUAUUCAACACUCUACCGCACGAGCACCGUCGAGCAUCGUCAUAUCGAAUCGCCAUUUCUGCCUACAUCGCAUUGAGAAUGGUAGGGCCGGCGGUUCAACUUCACGAAGAAGCUGCAACUGGAAAAGUUGGGCUCCAAUUUGGGACACAUAUCGUUCUUGGACAGACCGUACAGGACAAUCAGUGGGACCUCACCCUCCGCGUAUUCAAGGCUUUUUGGCGCCGUGUCUCUCGCGAAAACGACUUCAAAUCGAUUUGGACCAAACCAAAGGGGGUCCUCUGGGGGGCCAUCUGGGCUUCUAUAGCAGAAAUACCAGACUUGAAGAAUAAUCUACUGUCUUUGCUCCAAUACGUUCGACAAUUCCAACAUGAAAUUCAAUCCAACGACGAAAACAAGGAGGCACUGAGACUCUUCAUGGCUGGAUUCGUGCCCGAAGUCACUUUACAGACCCUAAAUGUGGAUGAUCCGGAUGAAGACGUUAUAUGGCACUUUUUCACCAAUCUUUUCCGCGACAUUCGGACUCUUGGCCUUCAAACUGCGCACUUUUAUAAUAGUGCUAUUGGACAGAUGUUGAAUUUGCUGAGAUACCAAGAGUACUUUCAGCGUAGUAAGCCUUUUCUGGAGCUGUACAGACAAUACCGAGAAGACGCGCUCCAUAAUCCUGACCCAAACUUCCGACCCCCAAUGCGUUUGCUUAUGCGACUGAUGCAUCAAGUCGGCGACAAAGGCAGUCUUAAUGGCAUCGCUGGCUUAGUCAGUGAUUGGCACUUGUUUCACCCGAAUUCCCCCCUUCCGUAUGACGCCCUGGUCUACCUUCUGGAAUUUUAUGCAGGAUUCGGAGACGCUGAGAGCGUCCACGAAUAUUUCAGCCAAAUUCGUGAACGGUAUAGCCACAAAAUCGACCUGCGCGUUCUAUCUUCGCUCCUAUUUGUGUAUGCUAGACGCAUCGACGUUCGCAGUACGGGGAAACAGUUUGAGCGAAUAUCUGGAGAAUUUGGGCUGGCGCCGGACACUACAUGCUGGAACAUUUUGCUUCUUGCGUAUGCGAGAGCCGAUGACCUAGACGGCGCCCUCCACUGCUUUAGCCGGAUCCUGGAGUCGGGGAUACAACCCGACAAGCAUACUUUUGGGCCACUGUUGAACCUCUGCGCCAGCAGGGGGGAUGUCGAGGCAUUUGAAGAAAUCUUUUCCAAAGCUCAGCAGCUCAAAGUUCACCUUCGAAAUGAGGCAGUUGCAAGAGCUGGCUAUGUGCAGGCGUGCCUAAAUUCAGACGAUGUUGAAGGCGCCGAGGCGAUUGCUCAAGGAAUGCUCGCCGAUCACCGUGCCGGCACUCUUCACGGCCCUCUCACACCUGCAUGGAACCUUAUCAUCCAACAUUACGCGCUUCAAAAAGAUGUUGCGUCGAGCCGACGAGUCUACAAACAGAUGGUUGAGAACGGCAUUCCUCUUGAUACUUGGACGUAUGCUGGGCUGAUGCGCUCCCUAGUCGAGCUCCGCCAAACCAAUGCUGCCUAUAAGAUCUUGAGAGUCACCAUGCCAAGAAACCAAGUCAGGGGUCACGCAUUCCACUACGCGCUCGUCAUGACGGGGUUCAUCCGCGAACGUCAAUUUCAUCGCGCUAUGGAGGCUCGCAAACGGAUGUUGCGCCGGAACGUGCUGCCAACUGUGAGCUCCCACCUUGCCUCCUUAGAAACGAUUGGCAUAAACGAGCUGCGAAAGCUUCAAGAUGCGGGCGACGAAAACCCACUCACGCGGCUGGUGGAAGUGGAGGAAUCACUCCGAGAGAUGUUGUUGGAAAGCUACGAGUCCUCUUUGGCCCUUCGACAGCCCCGUCGUGCCCGAUUGCUUGGUAUGGCGCAGGAUAGCGUCCCCGAGGGAUAUUUUGGGUUUCUCAUAUUGCUCUACAGUGCACGGGGGGCGUAUGCCAUUUGCAAGGAGCUGUUCGAAGCUGCGUCCAUUGGGAAAUCAGAUGAGGCGGGAUACGAGGCCCCCAUCGGUCUCCUCACUGCGAUCAUGGAGGCACAUCUUGCAGCAAAGGAAUAUGAUGAGGUUGCAAAAUGUUGGGAGCUCGCGCGAUUGCAAGCAGAUAAGAUGACCAAGACUUGGCACCAGGCUACCACAGAUCCCGACCCCCCCAAAAUUGAGUUCGGUUCUCUGGUCGACCCGUCUGUGAUAGCCCAGGCCGCAGAGGCAAGGAUUGCGAGCAACCGCCGACAGAUACUUUUCAAGACCUCCAGGAUUUACAUUCGGAGCCUCCUCGCCCAGGAGAGCCCACAGAGUCUCCAACAGGCGAUGAGGACUAUCUCUAACCUGCUCACGAACGGGUAUAUUAUCGACAAUCUCACCUGGAAUGAAUUCAUCCAGAUGCUUGCGCGAAGAGGCAGGGUCAUGGAUGCGUUCACUGCUUGUGAGGCCUACCUCAUGCCAAACUUCCCCGGCUGGCGCCAGCAGCAUCCGGCGUAUGUCCGUCGUGAGCAGACCGGCUAUUCGUACAUGGAAGUUAGACACGACGACCUAUCGAGGAAGACCCUUAUGCCGCGGUACCGCACGCUGGUCUUCCUCGCAGCUGCCUACGGCCAGAUCAAGCGCGAGGAGGCCAACGGCAUGGGGUAUAAUCCUGAGUACGGCGGCUGGGCGCGCGAGGUGCUGGAAAAGAUUGCGCCGCUGACCGUCCGCGCGAUUGAAACGAUGCCAAGGACGAGGGAUAGGCUGCAGCAGAUGUACGUCCUGGGCAUGUAGUGUAUUAUCCUGUAUAUAGAGUGAAGGUGUGUAUGUAUAGUGUACGUUUUAGCUUGUAUGAUAUGCUAUGGAAUGUGUGGAUGUUGACCUUGGCACAUGGGAGCUACAGGCACUAUUUUGACGUGCUUGUGAACCACAGUUCUGCAACUCUUGAAUAGAUUGCUUGGAGAGAUAGAAUUAAUUUGGGAAAUUAACAGUCUAGCUAAAGAGAUUCGUGGUACUUCGUUUCCUGGACAGCU